GAUGUAGACACUUACAUGUGGGCCGCCGUGUUCGCCAUCUACCACCACUACUUCCACGGCUGCGCCGGCGUCGUCGCCGAGCACCGCCACGACCCGUCGUUCGUCGUGGAGCUCCCCGGGCUGGCGCCCCGGGCCAUCGGCGACCUGCCGUCCUUCCUGAUCGCUGAUUCCACCGACCCUUCCGAUAUCUUCCACAGCAUUUUCACCACGAUCCGCGACCUGAUCGAAUCGCUUGACAAGGAGAGGCCCAGGGCCACCGUCCUUGUCAACACGUGCCAAGAGCUCGAGGUGGGCGCCCUCGCUGCCAUGGGAGCGCACGACGUGCUCCCCGUCGGCCCCGUGCUCCCGUCCGGCGACGACGAGGCCGGCAUCUUCAAGCAGGACGGCGCCGAGUACAUGGAGUGGCUCGAUGCCCAGCCGGCGAGCUCCGUGGUCUACGUCUCCUUCGGGAGCCUGGCCUCGAUGGCGAGGGAGCAGCUCGACGAGCUCCUCCUCGGCCUCGAGGGGAGCGGGAGGCCGUACCUCUGCGUCAUCCGGAAGGACGUCAUGGCCGCGCUCGGGGAGGCGGAGGCGGAGGUGCGCGGGCGCCUCAAGAACGGCGUCGCGGUGGAGUGGUGCGACCAGGUGCGGGUGCUGUCGCACGCGGCGGUGGGGUGCUUCGUGACGCACUGCGGCUGGAACUCGGUGCUGGAGAGCGUGGCGAGCGGCGUGUCCAUGGUGUGCGUGCCGCAGAUGUCGGACCAGAGCAUGAACACGCAGCUCGUCGUGCGCGACUGGCGCGUCGGCGUGCGCGCGCAGGUGGACGGCGGCGGCGUGCUGCGAGCGGUGGAGGUGAGGCGGUGCGUCGAAGAGGUGAUGGGGGAUUCGGAGGCCGCGGCGGAGGUGCGGCAAAUGGCGGGGAAGUGGAAGCGGAUGGUCGCAGAGGCCACGGAGAAAGGAGGGUCGUCGGAGCGUAAUCUCAUGGCAUUCGUGGACAGCGCAAGGAUCACUGUUUGAAGACUCAUGUACUUUCGCUGAACCUUAUGUGGCGCCGUGGCGGUGUGUCGCGCAAUCGAACUCUGGUGUUGCUGACUUCUGC